AUGUCGUUGCUACGGACAUUGCAGAUGCAACCCAGGGUGAUUACAGUGUUUGCGGAGCAUGCAAAUGUGGGAGCCGCGUCUGAGAUACUGGGUGCCCUGAAGACCGCAUCCGGACCCAAGUGCAAGGUGCAGGUUAGCACGAUGUUCCCGACACUUGAGCAGCUAAUUUACAUGAGCGAGAUCAACAGAACUGCCGUGGCGGCGCAAGUCCCACGGCUUUCAGAGCUGUUACAGAAGCCCAGCUUCAGUGAGGAGUUCAGCAGUCCGCUGGCGCAGUGCACCCAGGAUGGCGUGUGGCGCAGCCAGGGGGGGCUCUGGGUAGACUGGGAGAAGCGGCUCUUGGGAGCCGACGGGCAGUCAGUGCAUGAGCUUUUGGGGUCAUCCACAAUGACAAUAGACUAA